AUGUCUGGUUCAAUCUUGGUGACGGAUCGAGUCGAUUCAGAUACACAACCCCACCAGACUUUCCACCGGCGAGCAUUGCUUAUAGGGAUACGUUAUAAGGAUACCGAGGGGUAUGGUCAGUUAAGUGAACCGCAUAAUGAUGUAGAUAAGUUCCUAAAGCUGUUGAUUGAUGUAUAUGGCUACCGAAAGGAAGAUAUUACGGUCAUGAAAGACGAUGCUGGAUGUGUGGAAGAAAGGUUACAACCAAUGGAAUCCAAUAUCCGUCGAGAGCUGAAAGCUUUGGUUCAAGGUGCGAUCCCAGAAGAUCGGUUAACGUUACUUUUCUGCGGCCACUCUUGUCAGGAGGCAGCCACACUUGAAGACCAUCACGAGGAGGACGGCUAUGACGAAGCGAUUGUCACAAUGGAUAAUAAGGAGAUACUGGACAAUGAUCUCAAAAAGAUUUUGGUCUCACCUUUGCCUUCCGGAGCUACCCUCACUGCCAUAUUCGACUGCUGUCACGCUGGCACGCUUCUCGACCUUCCGCAUUAUCAUUGUAACGCCGUAUAUGUCCCUUGGAUCUCCAAAGGAAAACGCCGAACGAGAACACUGAUGAAUCGUAACAUUGCUGCACUCCGGUUUCCCCUCGCAAUGACGCUGCCGGAUAGGAGGAACGUCACGUCCCCACACCAUGGUCACUAUCCCGCGGGAACAGACUACCCUUCCUCACAUGAAAAUCGUCUCCUCUCUCAAGCUCUCAGCCCUACAGAAACAUUCCUAUGCGAUUACCUAUCACAGUUCAAGGGUAGAAUCCAACCGACCUAUGAAGAGCUCAUGAUCCACAUAAACUACAAGCUUUAUGAAGUCGGACAAAAGCUACAUGAUGAAACGCGUAACUAUAAAUCGAAGCAGCCUAUGGGUUCCACGGAUGGGUCCAACGAGGAACCUUGGGAGGGAGAAUUGAAUAACUUCCAAUCGCCUUAUUUGAGUAGUCUCUCACCACUAGACAUGCACGAUAAAUUCGAACUUUGA